CUAGGAUACAAGAUCCCCCAAAUAUUAAACGACAAAUCGUGCCCCUUGGUUUCUCUUAGCACGAGUAUAGUUAACUUCAAACUUCAAUGCUACUUACAAGCAACCUAUUGCGAUAAGAUUUACUAGUUCUUACUUAGGUUUAUAAAUUUUGGUCGCUGGGUAAACGAAGAAAGCUCGAUCUAUCCAUUUACUCUUUACGCUGGGACGAGGGGGAAAGUAAACAGGAGAGCGCUCUCUUCUAUUCUCUAUUCUCGCCCUUUCCUCAGAAACAGAAUAAUGGAAACCGCCGCAACGAGCUUCACGUCACGUAGACCAGCAGCUCAUACGCUUCCUCAGUUCCAUCUACCACUUCCGACACCAAUAGAUAAUCAAGUACCAAGUAUGAAUCGAACUACUUAUAUUUGCAACAUGAAUUUAUUAGCAACCAUACUACCACUUUCUCUACCUCUUCUUGAUCUUCUCCGUUUUCCUUCUUACCCCAUACAAGACGUUGUCGAGAUGACUGCGUCAAUCCCCCGGCUUCGAUCAUCGAAUAUGCUCGAAUACAGCCCUCUAACUUGCGUUACAGGAGUAACAGGCAUCGACAGCCUGAGCCCAAUCUCUCCAGGCGCCAACAACCAUAGUUCUCAGCAUUCCCAGGCUGGUUUACCGUUCAACAGUCAACAGAGACUCUGGGCUGCAACGGGUACUCAGUCUUAUACGCACAGUCCGAUGAGCCACGGAGGACAGCCUCCGCUCAUGCAGCAGAACUACAAUCGCCCGAUCUAUUCUCCUAAUUCCGCUUAUCGAGGUUCACAAUCCCCCGGGACGGUGGAUAUUCUAGGAGCUUCUCCCUACGACAGCGGCUCUUCUCCUUAUCAACUCUCGAUUUCAGGAAGUUUAGGUCAUUCUAAUAUACUAUCACCUGCUCCGAAUCAAACCUCCUUGCCAAUGAUGAACAGCCACCCCCAAGGGUCGCAACCUACAGCGCCAUCGACGUCUGCAGGACCCCCAGACGCUUACUCGCGGCCGCCAACAGCUUCUGGUUACUAUUCAGGACCUUCUUCGUCGACGACCCCACAUACUUCUUAUCCAUCCUUUACUUCCACACACACUUCUUCAUCACAAUCGUCUUCGAUAACGACUGGAAGCUUAUCAAAAAAUGCCUCGACGCUUAGCCCACAUCAACAACAUUCUCCAAUGCAUUCUCCGAUGCAAGCACCACCAUAUAGGCCCCUUCCUUCUUACACUCUUCCUCAAACAAUGGGAGGCGGGUCGACAGUGGGAGGGCCGAUCAUGUCGAACAUGACGAAUCCUGGAGGUCAGAUGACUAUUAUGAACGGCAUUGGCACAAUGGGACACGGAUAUCAUCCAACUGGACAUCUAGUCAAUCAACAUCUUUACACUAACAACCACCACCCUAUCACGCAAGAUCGCCCCUUUAAAUGCGACCUCUGUCCAACAUCGUUCAACAGAAACCACGAUCUUAAAAGACACAAGCGAAUUCAUCUUGCAAUCAAGCCGUUUCCCUGCACCUUCUGCGAGAAGAGCUUUUCUAGGAAGGAUGCGCUAAAGCGCCAUAGAAUGGUAAAGGGAUGUGGAAUUGGAAAGACCCCGCCGAACGACGGAAGCGGUAGCUCACCGCGGGAAGAUACAAAACGCGAUGCAGAUAGUCAUUCAGGCUCUGAAUACGGCAUAAAGCAAGAGCCGUUGUAGGAGACUGGAUUCUCAUUGGUAACCACGAUAUUCUAUCAGAGAACUCUGUCUUCCGAGCGAUGUUAGCGGGCAAAUGCUACGCUCGAGUUUGAGAAGCAUAAUAAUACACUCAUGGGUG